AUGCCUUCAUUGGGGCAAUCUAUAAUAUCGCUUUUAGCGAUGCAAUUAACCGCAGCCAUAUCUUCGGUUAUCAUUCUAUCCUCAGGGUGGAUUGCCAAUAUAUAUGUCCUGAUUAUUAUAUUCAGGAACAGAAAAUAUAAAACCUUGGAUAAAUUUCACUGCUUACUUGCUAGUUUAGCACUCUAUGACAUCUUAACUCUCUUACUAUAUUGGCCCUAUGAGCUCAAUCAAAUCUUCAACCAUUGGUAUUUCGGCGAAAUCUUGUGUCAUAUCUGCAAUGGCUUUACGGUUUAUUUUAAUGCAGCUUCAGCAUUAACCAUUGUUGCCAUGGCUAUUGAUCGUUAUCAAAUCGCAGUAAAAGUUACCAUUUCUAAUGUUAAAAGUGAAUGGAAAUUGGCAACCGUCAUCAUUAUAGCCAUAAUUGCUUUGGCUUUCUCAUUACCAUCGAUUAUAUUUACAGAUGUAGAUUUUAAUUAUGUUCCAUUUUCACUGUAUAGUGGAUCCACGAGUACUGCAAUACUCGGUUUAAGCUGUCAUUUAGCUUUACCACAGUUUCAGUUCCAUAAUAACACUAUUAUAUUAAGGCGUUCGGAGCAAAUCUAUUAUACCUGUGGAUAUGUCUUACUUUACAUACUGCCAUUGAUUAUAGUGAUCAUAAUAUUCGCAAAAACCAAGCAUCAUUUCUCUCAGCCAGAAUCAGUGGAUGAGAAAGAAAUGAUAGAUUCACACAAGAAAAUGAUUCAAAUGGUUUUAGUCUUGAUGAUAACGCAUGUAAUCGUAUGGACUCCAUUAUUUAUUUGUAAUUUUAGAGAUGUCUAUGGCGCAGGAAUGACUGUUAAUCAGCACUAUGUAUUCUAUCUCCUUCGACUAAUUUCAAAGUUAAUGGGCAUUAGCAAGUGUGCUAUUAAUCCUGUCAUUUAUGCAUAUUUUUGCCCCUACAUUAAGCAUCCAUUAAUUUAUUUGUUAAAGCAAUGUUUUGGAUCGCCCUCAUCAGAUUUGGUAGUUCAGCCAUUGCGACCAAAUGAAGUUGCUCCUUUAUUAUCUGCUGUUGAAAAAGAUAAUAAGGAGUAG